GCCUGCAGCAACACAUGCCGCAACAGCAAAAGCCGCACAUGGACAGAAAUGAGCAAUAAUCAGUGGACGGACGUGGAAACGUCCAGAUCUCAAACUAACCAUGGGGGGUGGGGGGGUGAAGGCGUGGUCGGAGCGCGCCGCCCCGUUAAAAGUGGCCGAACUUUGCCACAAACCGCUGAUCCGCGGCGCGUCUGCAGCUCCCGUCGCUCGCUCUCACAGACAGCAUGUACGCGUGGCUGACCGCCGUGGUCGGGCUCGCCGUCCUGUGCGCGUCGUUCCUCACCGCCUUCUUCCCCUACUUCGCGGACGACGCCGUGUACAUCAUGAGGACCCUCCGGCUCGGCGCCAGGCUCAACAGGUACAAGAAGUCCAGGCCGUUCUACAGCAUCCUGGACCGCUUCCUGGACGCGGUGCGGAGCCACCCGGGGAAGCUGUUCCUGCACUUUGAGGGCCGGGACUAUUCGUACGCAGAGGCGGACAGGCGGAGCAGCAAAGUGGCCCGGGCGCUGCGCGCCGAAGCCCGGCUGCAGGAGGGGGACACCGUGGCCCUGUUCCUGCCCAGCGAGCCGUGCUUCGUGUGGACCUGGCUCGGCCUGGCCAAGCUGGGCUGCCCGGCGGCGCUGCUCAACUUCAACAUCCGGGCCAAGUCUCUGCUGCACUGCUUCUCCUGCUGCGGGGCCAAGGUCAUCGUCGUCUCCCCAGAGCUGCUGGAGGCUGUGGAGGAGGUUCUGCCGACGCUGAGGGAGCAGGGCAUCCGCGUCUACAUCCUGUCGGAGCGCUGCGGCGUCCAGGGCGUCCACGCGCUCUCCGCCGCCAUCUCCCAGGCCUCGGACCGGCCGCUGCCCCGGGACCUGCGCGCCCGCGUCCACAACAAGAGCACGGCGCUGUACAUCUACACGUCGGGCACCACAGGUUUGCCCAAAGCGGCCGUCGUGACCCAGGAGCGCGUGUGGGCCGCCUCCUUCGUCCAGGCGGCGUCCGGCGUCACCGCGGACGACGUGUUCUACAUCAAUCUGCCGCUGUAUCACAGCGCCGGCUUCCUGAUCGGCCUGGCCGGGGCCAUCGAGCGAGGCAUGAGCGCCGUGCUGAGGAGGAAGUUCUCCGCCUCCCAGUUCUGGGACGACUGCCGCAGGCACGACGUGACCGUGGUGCAGUACAUCGGCGAAACCAUGCGCUACCUCUGCAACGCGCCCAAGAGGGAGAACGAGAGGAACCACAAAGUGAGGCUCGCCAUCGGCAACGGGGUCCGGGCCGACGUGUGGUCCGAGUUCCUGGAGCGCUUCGGCGACAUCCAGGUCCGAGAGCUGUACGCCGCCACGGAGGGGAACGUCGGCUUCAUCAACUACACGGCCAAGGUCGGCGCCGUGGGCCGGAUCAACCCCGUCCACAAGCUCAUCUUCCCCUACGCGCUCAUUAAGUUCGACAUCGAGAAGGAGGAGCCGGUCAGAGACGCCCAGGGUCUGUGCGUCCGCGCGGCCAGAGGGGAAACGGGGCUUCUGGUGGGGAAGAUCACCCAGAGGUCGCCCUUCAUCGGCUACGCGGGCAACCAGCAGCAGACGGAGAGGAAGCGGCUCCGCGACGUCCUGAAGAAGGGCGACCUCUACUUCAACACCGGCGACCUGCUCCGCUUCGACCACGACAACUUCGUCUACUUCCAAGAUCGAGUCGGCGACACCUUCAGAUGGAAGGGAGAAAACGUGGCCACGUCGGAGGUCGCCGACGUUCUCACCGCGGUCGACUGCAUUCUGGAGGCGAACGUGUACGGCGUUAAAGUAGAAGGUCACGAGGGGCGCAUCGGCAUGGCGGCGCUGACUCUGGCAGGGGGCGAGUUCGACGCUGCCGGCACCUACAGGCAGGUCGUCAGCUGCCUGCCCUCCUACGCACGGCCGCGGUUCCUCCGGAUUCAGCCCUGUCUCGAGAUGACUGGGACUUUCAAGAUGAGGAAGGUGAAGCUGGUAGAGGAGGGAUUCAACCCCGCUCACAUCAGAGAUCCUUUGUACUUCCUGGAUACAGAGAAAAAGACUUACAUUCCCCUUUCCGAGGAGAUUUACAGGGCAGUGGUUUCCCAGAAAAUCAAACUCUAACAGUAACAGCAGCCAGUGACUCACGGUGACAAACCGGCUCACAUGUGGACCUUCAACUCCCCCCAAUAACCUCAGGGACGGUUUCAUUUACACUCACCACGUCUGAAGGGACUUUUUUUUCCUGAAUUAACACUGAUUUUUAGUUUUAUACAAAACGUGCAUUUUAACUAAUAAAACCUUGUUUUUUUUCCCCCCUGACUCCUAAUUUCCAAACAGUCAGACAGAUUCCAUAGAGACAUACAGCAUGAAGAUUAACUGGAGUCGCAGACACCCAUCAACCACUGCAGCAGCUAAAUGUUAAUGUACAUCUGUGUUUGCCAUAUUAUGCAACCUGUGUGUUUAUCACUGAACCUUUGCACUGAUGUGGCGCAUUAGACCCUAGGAGUGCACUCUGUUAAACUACAACUUUAUACUGUGACAAAGGAAGUCUGCCCGUGUCAGGCUGUUUUCCUAAAAGCUGCCAGUGUUCUCGCCGCCGGGGUGACUGACCUACAAACCUUUGACUUUAAACAGUACUCAGACUUUGUCACAUGCUUUGUCAUGUGACAAAUGUUGAAAUGUGCAGGGGUCAAUAAAGCAACUGAAGGAAACUACA